AUGGAUUGUGGUUAUGCUGACCAUCUUAGAGCAUUAAAGAAAGCUGAUUACUCACAGUUCUAUGAGUUCACUAAGGAUGAACUCCCAAGUGAAAUGCCCACACCUCUUGACAAAGCGGUAGAGUUCACUAUGUUUGUUGAUGCAUCUCAUGCUGCUAACGUUGUUACUGGUCAAUCAAGAACAGGAGUAUUGAUCUUUGUUAACAAAGCUCCUAUUAUCUGGUAUUCGAAAAAGCAAAACAGUGUCGAAACAAGCAGUUUUGGUUCUGAAUUUGCUGCUCUAAAGACAGCUGUUGAAUUACUUGAGGGACUACGAUUCAAGCUCAGAAUGAUGGGCGUCCCAAUCCAAGGCUAUUGUCAUACUUGUGUUGACAAUAUUUCCAUUGUCAAGAACUCAAGUGUUCCUGAAUCUCCAUUGAAGAAGAAAUCGAACGCUGUCGCAUAUCACUACGCUCGCUCCAGAUGCGCAAUUGAUAUCCUAUGA